CUCUGUGGUCCAGAUAAGGCAACGCUAGGAUAAGGCCUUGCAACAGGCAGGGUCUCGUUUCUGUUUUUUCUGUUCGUCGUCGGCCAUCGCUCGCGAUUGCUCGCGGGCACCCUUGAUUGAGUGGCGCAGUCGCCGACCUUCAUUGGUAUUGGGUUUGGGUGUGCGUGGUGGAUUUGCGUUGCAGCUCACCCAAUUAGUGUGAAAAAGGAAGGAAGGUAGAGAGGGAGAGAGAGACUGGAAGGUAUGGCAGCUAUGGCGUGCACCUCUGCGGCCGCUGGCGCCUCGGCGUUGGUGGCCAGCACCAGCGCCUGCAGCAGCAGUGCGUCGUCGGUGAUGGGCACUCGCGUGGCCAUGGCGCCGCUGCGAGUGAGCCGAGUGGCGUGUCGGGGCUUGGUGGCAGUGUCGGCGUCCGCUGCCGCAGUCGAGAAGCAGGCGGAGGAGAAGACCGUGCAGCGGUUGUUGGGAAUUUACCAGGAGAAGGUGGUGCCUGCCCUGCAGGAGGAGUUCAAGUAUGAGAACAAAUUCGAGAUUCCAGCAGUGAAAAAGAUCAUCGUCAAUUGUGGUGUUGGAGAAGCGUCGCAGAAUGCGAAAGCCCUAGAAGGGACAAUUCGAGAUAUUGCCUUGGUAACGGGUCAGAAGGCUGUCGUCACUCGCUCCAGGAAGGCCAUUGCUGGUUUUAAGCUCAGAGAAGGCGUUCCUGUCGGAGUCACCCUCACAUUGCGCGGUGAAGUUAUGUACGCGUUCUUGGACAGGCUUUUGAAUCUGGCACUUCCACGUACUAGGGAUUUUCAGGGAGUAAAUCCCUACAGCUUUGACGGGAAAGGCAACUAUACAUUGGGCCUUCCUGAGAUCAGCGUAUUCCCUGAAAUCAAGUUUGAGAACAUCGACAAGGUUCGUGGUUUAGAUGUUUGCAUUGUCACGACUGCAAAGAACGACGCGGAAGGCCAUAAGCUGCUUUCAUUGAUGGGUAUGCCUUUCAAGGAAAUGGGUGGCGGACGCAUGUCUGCCUCAGCUGCGAAGAAGGCCACUCGUGUAACUUUCAGGGGAAGGAGAAGGUAGAGGUAAUAGUUAGGUUAGGUGCAGCUUUUUAUGCGACUGGUGAUCCACUACCUGAUCCCAAGUUUUAGGUUUUGAUUUGCCGAUUAUUAUGAUCUUCGUCAAUUUUGCGAAAGGAAGUCUACAAUGUCGAAGAAUUUGUCAAUCAGACACUCAUGCAAACGUGAAUCCAUCCUGAUCUGAAAAUGUGCGAUUGAUGUUCUCUCAGCACUGGUUUUAUGCA